AUGUACACUAGCAAAAAUACGGCUGACAUUGAAGAUUUUGUCAACGAGGCCCUUUUAACAAAAGAUUUCGAUCAUAGGCACGUGAUGAUAUUAAUCGGAGUCAGUUUCGAUGACGAUGGUAUGGAUUACCUGUCCAGUCAACAUUUUGUGCACCGGGAUCUGGCAGCUAGGAACUGUAUGGUGGACGGGGAACUGUGUGUCAAAAUAGGUGAUUUUGGUCUAUCGCGGGAUAUAUACGAAAAGAAUUAUUAUAGCAGCGAUAAUAGUAAAUGCAAACUCCCUGUCAAAUGGAUGGCACCGGAAAGCCUAUCUAUUGUAUAA